AUGCAUGGUACUCGGACCCUUUUCCAUCGUUACAUAAGAACUCUGAUAAGAGUUCCAAACCCUCAAUUUCGCCCCAAUAUACAAUCUUCGCAGCGAUUUUGCAUCACCCAAAAACCCACAUUCUCCUACUCCUCUGGUAGCUGCUACUCGACAUCAGCUGCUGCAACAUCUCGUGAAGUGCAGGAAAUUCUGGUAGAAGUAGAGCGUGAGAAGCAGAGGGAAAAAGAGGCUCGGAAGCGUGCAGGGUUGGAUACUAAAGAUCUUGAUGCAGAAGAUGAAGAGGAUUACAUGGGUGUCGGGCCUCUGAUUGAGAAGUUAGAGAAGGAGAAGCUGAAAGAAGUUGGUGACAAGCUGCUUAUGUAUGAGGAGCGUUCUGAUUCAGAUAGCGAUGAAGAUGAUGAAAGGUUUGCACCAGAUGCUAUCAGGAAAAAGUUUGAUCAGUUUCAGAAGAAGCACAAACGACAUAAAGAGUUGCUUGACAAUUUCACUGAGAGUGAGACACUCGACGAGGCUUUCAAAUGGAUGAGUAGAAUUGACAAGUUUGAGCAAAAGCAUUUUAGGCUUCGGCCAGAGUACCGGGUCAUUGGUGAGUUGAUGAAUCGUCUAAAGGUAUCCGAAGGCAAGGAAAAAUUUAUCCUGCAACAGAAGAUCAACAGGGCGUUGAGGAUGGUGAAUUGGAAGGAAGCUUAUGAUCCUAAUGAUCCAGCUAAUUUUGGAGUUAUUCAACAUUCUCAAGUGGGAUCUAACGUCGAUCUCAUUGAAAAUGCUGAUGGUGAUGAUGAGAAGGAUGAGAAGGAAACAGUCCAAGAUAGUGAUGAGGAAGAGGAGUUUGAUGACAUGAAGGAAAGAGAUGAUAUACUAUUAGAGAAGCUGAAUGCUCUUGAUAAGACACUUGAGGAGAAGCUUGCGGAGUUGGAUUAUACAUUUGGAAAGAGAGGCAAGGCUCUUGAGGAGGAGAUUAGAGAUCUCGCUGUGGAGAGAAAUGCUCUGACAGAAAAGAAAAGGAAACCAAUGUAUAGAAAGGGUUUUGAUGUGAAGUUGAUCGACGUGAAUCGAACUUGUAAAGUUACAAAGGGAGGGCAAGUUGUCAAAUACACUGCUAUAUUAGCUUGUGGGAACUAUCAUGGUGUUGUUGGGUUUGCUAAAGCCAAAGGACCUGCCAUCCCGAUUGCUCUCCAGAAGGCAUACGAGAAGUGUUUUCAGAAUCUCCACUACAUAGAACGACAUGAGGAGCACACAAUCGCACAUACCAUACAAACUGAAUAUAAAAAGACCAAGGUCUAUCUAUGGCCGGCGCCAACUAGAACAGGUAUGAAAGCAGGGAAAACCGUCCAAACAAUUCUGAAUCUGGCUGGCUUCAAGAAUGUAAAAUCCAAGGUUGUUGGUUCACGGAAUCCUCACAACACUGUCAAGGCUCUGUUCAAAGCCCUGAAUGCAAUUGAAACUCCAAAGGACGUCGAAGAGAAGUUUGGCCGAACAGUGGUCGAAAAGUACCUGCUCUAG